UAAUGUCUCCUUAUAGGACCUGGGGUGCAUCAGGCAGUUCCAGGAGAUAACAAGUAGCCCAUCUCAGCAUUCCUUUCCUUUAAAUUGAGGAGGAUACUUGAGUGUUUCAGCUUCUCAGAUUCCUCUUUCAUGCCCAUUGCUAUCUAUGCCAGUGCCUGCAGUGCUGUCACAGCUGCAGGACCUGCCCUGAGGCACCUCCAACUAUGGGGAACACAUGCAGAACACUGGUGACAGCUCCCACCUCCUGCUCCUGGGGCACCAAGGGCUUUGCAAAUACGGGAGAAGUCCUUGGUAAAGGAGACUUCAGUCUCUUUUUCCCUAACCAGCCUCAUCCCACUGAUGCUUCUGGGCCCUCCAGCACAGCUUUUUCAUGGAUACACUCUCCCUUCCAAGCUGCCGGGAAGGUUGGGUAACAGGGGACUUAACAAAUGCAGGAACCUCCACAGAGGAACUUCUUACUAAGGGACAGGCAUGAGAGAAGCAGAUGACAGAGAGAAGCCACAAUGACAGUUUCAUAUCCUGUAUCACUGGGGAGGCACUAAAUCGAGCAGGGAGCUUCUCUCUUCCGGAGCUGGGGCUGCUCUGUUCCAUCAUGAGACUGCACCACAAGUGGACUCUGGUGGAAAUUCCACCAUGCCUACGCAAGCCUUUGCACAGACCUCUCGCCCCAUAAAUUGAGGGGCUGCUGAUGGUCUCAGCAUCAGACAGCAAAGAGGCUUCCAAGCUACCCUUGCCUGCUCCAGCUCCAGCUACCACUUCUCCAGCAACAUGAAGGUGUUUGUGGUUGCCCUCACCAUCCUCAUUGCUGCCUUCUGCUACCAGACCUCUGCUGCUCCACUUGGCUCCGACCCACCAACCUCCUGCUGCUUCUCCUACAUCUCCCGGCAGCUGCCCCGCAGCUUUGUGAAGGAUUACUACGAAACCAACAGCCAGUGCUCCCAGCCUGCUGUCGUCUUCAUCACCAGGAAGGGCCGGGAAGUCUGUGCCAACCCCAUGGAGGACUGGGUCCAGCAGUACGUGAACGAGCUGGAGCUGGACUGAGGUCCUGUACAGAUCCAGCUACUCCAUGUCCCCAGCUGCCGGGAUGGACGAGCGUGACCAGCUGGGGUCCAUUGGAAGUGUUUCAAUGUCAUUUAGAGCUUGCUGAGAAACUGAAAACAUUCCAAAACCCAACUUAAUGUUGUGCUAUUUAAUUUUUUUACAGGGGAGGGAUCAGGUGCAAUAAUUUUGAGAUAAAAAAUAUUUUUAUUUAAUAUGUAUGUAUAUAUUUUUUUUAAUCUGUAGACUCAGGUUAUAUUUUCUGUAUUUAAGUAAGUAUAUUUUUGA